CACGCACGCGCGCUCUUUCUCAGCUCACAUGGACGAGAGGUUGCAUUCAGUCGUCUGCUGCUCUGGAUCUGUUCUCUUUAUUGAGUUUAUAUGAUGUUUGAAGAUGUGAGAUGUUGUUUGCGCGUGACUGGAUUGACGCUCGUGCACUGCUGCUGUUCGAUGCGAAGCGCAAAGUGAAGAUCAACUUGUGUGAGCUCUGAGAGAAGAGGGUUUGUUGAGAUCACGCCAUAAGCAUGGAGUUCCCAAACCACAGCCGGCAGUUACUGCAGUGUCUGAGUCAGCAGAGACACCAGGGCUUCCUCUGCGACUGCACUGUGCUGGUGGGAGAGACACGCUUCAAAGCCCACCGAGCCGUUCUGGCCUCAUGCAGCAUGUACUUCCACCUCUUCUACCACGACCAGCUGGACAAGAGAGACGUGGUGCAUCUGAACAGCGACAUCGUGACGGCGCCAGCGUUCGGGCUGCUGCUGGAGUUCAUGUACGAGGGAAAGCUGGAGUUCAGUGCUCUUCCGGUGGAGGACGUCCUGGCGGCAGCCAGCUACCUGCACAUGUACGACAUCGUGAAAGUGUGCAAAGGAAAGCUGAAGGAUAAGGAGCUGUGUGAGGUGGAGUGUGGCGAGAAGGCAAACGGUCACUCCGACAGGUCCCCGGGCCUUGUAGGUGUCAAUUAUGUGUCAGCCGAGGCCGAGGCCUGUGUCCGAACAGCUGGAAAAACAAAAGCUGAUGUCAGUAGUUCAUCCGUCCCUGUGUCCCAGAGGUCCCGGACGUCGGAUGACACGGACCGAGCACUGGAUUUAUCCUUCAAGCCUCUGUCGAGUCGAGACGGCUUCCACCCCUCCUUCGUCUCGGGACAGCUGGCCCUCGACAGCCAGCAGCAGGGCACCGAGCCACUUGUUAAAGACGAACAUGACUUGCUGUCAGAGCAGGAGGACGGUGAUCCGGUGAGCCCGGAGAGCCAGCGCUUUGGGAGUUCAGUGGUGACAGGGUUCACUGCCCUCUUCCCUGAAAACAAGCCUCCGGACGACGAGCUGAUGGAGGAGGAGAGAGCGCUGCGAGUGCGUUCAGAGCAUCAUCUCCGGGACAGCGAGGGCGAGGAUGAAGACGACCUGGCGUCCUCCGACAUCUCCACGUCCAGCGGCGUUCUCCUCCCGCAGGUCUGCGUGUGUCCGCUCUGCAGCAAGGUCUUCCCGAGCCCACACGUGCUCCAGCUCCACCUCAGCUCGCACUUCAAGGAGAAAGACGGCGUUCGCUCCAAGCUCUCGCCCGACGGCUCCGUCCCGACCUGCUCGCAGUGCGGCAAGACCUUCUCCUGCAUGUACACGCUGAAGCGGCACGAGCGCACGCACUCCGGCGAGAAGCCGUACACCUGCGGACAGUGCGGGAAGAGCUUCCAGUACUCACACAAUCUGAGCCGGCACGCCGUGGUGCACACGCGAGAGAAGCCACACGCGUGUAAGUGGUGCGAGCGGCGCUUCACUCAGUCCGGAGAUCUGUACCGACACAUACGCAAGUUCCACUGCGGCCUCGUCAAGACGCUCGCCAUCGGAUAAAAGCCGUGCAACCACGUCCUUUUCUAGAUAAUCAAUAAUAAUACUAUCCAGUAUUUUGCAGGUGGCAGGAAAUCGGUUCCUUAAUGACUGUAAAACACUAUUAGUGUCUCAAACAAUCCACAGUUUGAUGCACUUGGGUUUAUGACAUCAUAUAUA